CACAAGAUGGCGGCGCAAGGUGGUGGGCCAGGUUCUGAGGCGGCUGGGCCGGGCGGGGUGAAUGUCUUCGCCAACGAUGGUUCCUUUCUGGAGCUUUUUAAGCGGCGCAUGGAAGAGGCCGCUGCGUCGGGCGGGAGAAGCGGUGCGGGAGCGGAGGGAACUGGUACCGAAAAACAGAAAGAGACCGAACCGCGGACGGAGCCUCCCGGGGAGCAGGAGCCUCCGGGGAAGAAGCGGAGCGGGAGCGCCCUUAGCUUCGUGGGCAAGCGGAGAGGGGGCAGCAAGCUAGCCCUGAAGACAGGAGUGGUAGCCAAGAAACAAAAGACAGAGGAUGAGGUUUUGACAAGUAAAGGAGAUGCAUGGGCCAAAUAUAUGGCUGAAGUGAAAAAGUACAAAGCCCACCAAUGCAGUGAUGAUGAUAAAACCCGCCCUUUGGUGAAAUAACUUUCAGCUCCAGCCUGGACUGUUUCUGAUGUACAUAAUUAUUUAAAACAGCGAAGGAAACUAGCUCUGCCCCACAGACUGAGUGCUGCCAUGGCAGCAGGUGACUUGCCAUACUUUUAUACCUGGGAACUUAGAGCCUCCUUCAUUGGUUCAUGUAUUGUUUUCUUUUCCUUUUUUUCUGAGAACUAAGAACUUUGGCUUAGUUGCAGAUUUUUUUUUUACUUGUAAUCCCAAAAUAGUGGAAUUGGUUUGUUAUGUCUUUCCUUGAAUCAUCAGGCAAGAGACUUCCUCCCCAUACACCUCAAAGCACACAGCCUUUGCUUAACAUUACCCAGUACAGCUGAAGUUUCCACCAUGAUGUGAGCCAAGUGGCUCUGUCUCUGCCAAAAUAAUUUUAUCUUCCUAUUGAAGGUGAAUUUAGAUGCAGUCACAUAUAGUAAUCUGCUCUACAGGCAGUGAGAACUCCAGAGCAUUUUCAGCUUUCCUUAUCGAUAGCUGAUGAAAAUUGACUGCUGCAGGGUUUCUUUGUAAGUGGCAGUUUUGUGACUGUAUUUCUGCCUUUGUUUCUUUUACCCAUUUCACUGUAGUAUUGCAGUGGGUUGUGUGAUUUCAUUCUGAAUUCUAGUUGCUGCUGUUUAAGCCUAUUCUAGCCUUCUGCUAUGCAUGAUCCAAUCCAGCACCAGGGAUUAUUCUGUGCCUGUUUCCUAGCUAAGAAGGUAGAACUCGUUCUGCAUUUAACACUGUACCAUUAACUUAUUGGAGAAAAACAGGUUAAAAUUAUUACAGACUUGCCUAGGACAAAUGGAACUCCAAAAUAUCAAGAUUUUAGCCUUUCACCAGCCUUUUAUGUCCUUGCAUUGAGCUAUGAUGACAGGCCUAGAAGUGUUGGUCUGUGGCUGUUGGUUUGGUAAUAGCCUGCCGUGGACAUGUGACCUGGCUUUUUUUCUGCCCUUAGUGUUCCCAACUGGAUUCUUCACAUUACUCUUGAUGGUGUUCUAACAGCUGAAAUAUAAUCCCUGGCACAGACAACCAUGAGAUCAGUUGUUGCUGUGCAUGGCUGGACAUGACAACUUCGUAGAAAAGCCUGUGGUGUAUUUCUAGCAAUCUUUUAGAGAUCUAAUCACAUCUCUUCCAAUUUUAUGCUGAGGUGCAAUUGGGAUCACUUCUGAAUUGUAGCUUUGUACUAGGGCCUUUUAAUGGAAAAGGCUCUGUGUUGGGGAGGACAUAGAAAAUACCUAACCUGUAAGUGCUAAAUGUGUAUCUCAUGUGCUGAAGGAAGACCAGCUGAGCUAAUCUACCAUCAUCUGUGAUAAACCUAUCUGGAUGAUUAAUAAAUCAAAGUGUUUAUGAAAGAGCAUACACGUCAGAUGUUCUGUAUGUAAAUACUUCCUUUUCCAACAAAAGCAGUGACUUGUUAUCUCUCAGAGUUUUGAAACUUGCGUAGGAAACUUAAAGCCUCUUGGGGUGAAGAAAACUAUGUUCUUUUUAAAUGUUAAGAAUAUUUGCUGGAAUUUCAACCAACCAGAAGUACUGUCUACUGUAGGGAGACUGUGGAGGCUUAAAUAGUUCACUAGUAUUUGGUUACAAGCAGUGAGAGUUUGCUUCCCUGCUACAGAUAUGGUCAGGCUCCCUUCUUUAUUGCUUUAAACCUGUACAGCUUAGCACUAAACACUGAUAAUCACUCACAAUACUAGCUUUUAAAAAACAAAAAUUUAUUGUGGGUAUUUGUCAACUUUAACUGCAGCUUUUUGUAUCCCAUGGUUGAGAAUGCCCAGCAUGGAAUUUCUCUGCUUAAGGGAUUAAUUAUUCUAACUUAAAAGAACAGGUAAUUACUUCUCACAGUCCCAUGGGAACUGCUGAUCAGGAUCAUUCAAUUGGUGAUGAAAGAGUAGGGAAAGGUGACCAGUCUUAUGGCCCUACUUGUGUAGUUAAUCUGAAAUACAUAAUUAUGCAGGCUGAACUCUCUCGUAUCAUAUGCUUCAAGCAGAAAGCUUUGAAUAUAUUAAACCAGCCAUAAUUCACUGAGAUGAGUCCUGGAACAGCUUUCUUGAAAAGAUCUAUUUUGAUGUUUUCCAUUAUCAACAGCUAGUGUCAGAGAUAAUACCAGUCGUCCACGGUAUAGGGACGGUUCAACAUAUUGAUGAAGAAAUGAAUGGCUAUCAGUCAUGCAGUUAUUCAUUUGACUAGCUAUACUAGAGGACCUAAAUGAUAACUAUGCUUUAGCACUUGUUUUUGCUAUUCUGGAUACAUGACCAUAUGGAGAAACCAUUGGGUAAACUUGCUGUUUAUAGGGAUGCUAUUUUGAUGGCAGGAAAUGCAAUUAAAUUACUGCUAAAUUGUCAAGAAAAAUUAUUUGUGAAUACUUAUAUAUGCACUUAUAUAUCCUUACAUAUUUUAAAAGUGAUUUGGAUUUUUGUAGUAUUUCAAUUUUUUAAUUAAUUUAUUCCACAGGUCCUUGCAGAACCACUGAUGAUAUCCUGUAGAACCUAGGUUGGGAAACAUUGAUAUAAGUAGAUACAACUAGUCCACUAUAAGCAGCUUGUUUAAUGCUAGUGUUAGUGCAUGUGCUCAAGUGCCAGACUGUACCAUUAAGGAGGAAAAAUGCUGUUGAUGCAAACAUAAAACUAGGUUUAUUUAUCUUUAAUUGUGGGUAGAAAAUUUUAAAGUUGCAUUUAUAUUUUGCAUCGAAACAUUACCAGAACGUACUAGAAGUGUGGGAUAGAACAAAGCUGCUUAACACUGAAAGAAAAGAUAGAAAGUCUGCUAGAUACUGUGGUGUGUGUGUAUAAAGCUCCACUUUCUUUGAAGUUAAUACUAAUGUGGCCUGACAAAUUGGUCAUCUUAACAUUCUAGAUAAUUGUUUCUUUCAGUGUACUCUUGUAAAAAUACAUACAUUAUGCUCUUAAAUUGGCUUGUAAAUACCCAUUUCCUUCCUAAAUGCUGCCUUCGACUUAACAAUAUUCCCAUUACGA